AUGGCCGGAUCUAACGACGAGACGGUGGAGCUCGGUGUGACCGAGAACGAGGAGCGGCGAUUGUGCGGGAUGGCCGGAGAUGAUGACGAGGAUGACUUGCGCGAGGACCAUGAUGCAUUGUUCGGCCCUGGUGCUGAUGACCCCAUCAACAUCGACGAUGAUGGCCCUGCUGUACCUGCCUGCGGCGGUGCACCCCCCCCCCCAGACGGUAACAGCGCCAAGCGCUCACGUCCCUCUACCUCUCCUGUUUGGGAUGAUUUCGAGAAGAUGUUCAAAACCACAGCUGAUGGAAAGACCGUCAGAGUGUCUAGGCAAACCACCACUAGAGACAUACAGAAGUACGUCACUGAUUGCAAGGCUAAACUUGUUGAGACUUUUGAGAAGAGGGUUCUUGGUCUAGUUCUUAUUGAUGUGUCCCACAAUGGACAAAAUAUUGCUGACCGUGUAGCAUCUGUUCUUGCUGAUUAUGGUUUGACUGAUAAGGUGUUUGCUGUUACUUUAGACAAUGCAUCAUCUAAUGCUUCAGCCAUGCUAAAAUUGAAACCUAUCAUUUCUCACUACCUUGGUUUUGAUGUUACUGAUGAACCAGAGUAUGCAUCAUCAUAUAAAAGUUACUGCAUUGCAACUGGUGUUAGGCCUAGAAAGUUUCAGCUAGACAUGGAGGUUAGGUGGAAUUCUACCUACCUAAUGCUUAAACAUUUGUUUCCUCAUAAGUCCCCUUUCACUACUUUCAUCCAAGCUCAGUAUCCUAGGCCUGAAGGAAGAGGACGGCGUCGACCGCCUCAGCCACCUCCACGCCGACAUCCUCGGCCACAUCAUCUCCCUCCUCCCCACCAAGGACGGCGCCCGCACCCAGGCGCUCUCCUCCCGGUGGCGCGGCGUCUGGCGCUCCGCCCCGCUCAACCUCGACCACCGCGACCUCCAGUGGCCCCGCUACGACGACCAGCGCGUCGCCGCCCUCACCUCCCAUAUCCUCGCCUCCCACCCGGGUACCGCCGCCUCUCCGUCGGCGUCGCCCACCUCCGCCGCCGGCCCGCCGUCGUCGACGCCUGGCUCCGCUCCCCGGCGCUCGACGGCCUCCAGGAGCUCGAGUUCGACAUCGGGGGGCUCUACGUGCUCCCGGCGAACCUCCCGCUGCAGGCCUCCGCCUUGUUCCGGUUCUCGGCCACCCUCCGCGUCGCCACCAUCGCCAAGUGCCGCGUCCCGGACCCGGACGACGACGCCGCGCUCUUCUUCCCACGGCUCCGGCAGCUCGGCCUUGAGGACGUCGUCAUCUCCGAGGGCUCGCUGCACGGGAUCAUCGCAGGCUGCCCCGUGCUCGAGUCCCUGCUCAUCACCGGUUGGUCUCGCUUCCGCUGCGUACGCAUCAACUCCACUACCCUCGUGAGCCUCGGCUUGCGCGUUCACACCGGGGAACUCAUCAUCGAGCACGCGCCGUUGCUUGAGAGGCUGCUCCAGCUUGAGUUUCGUAUCGCCACGCAUCUGUCGGUGAUCUCGGCGCCCAAACUGGAGACCGUGGGCUGCCUUUGCGAUCUUGAUUUCUACUCCAAAUUGAAAUCUGAGGCCGCAGAACUUCAGGAAUUGAGCGCCGUUAGCUUGGUUACAGUGGUGGGCAGCGUCAGGAGUUUGGCUAUCAAUAUUCCUUUUCUUAGCAUUGAUAUGUUCGUCGACUUGAUGAGAUGCUUUCCUCGCUUGGAGAAGCUGUACAUCCAGACGCGGAAUGUGUCGGGGCACAAUAGUUUGUGGCACGAUGAUGUUAUCAAAAGCCUCGACAUCCGUCUGAAGACGGUUGCGUUGAGAAAGUAUCAAGGCACCACAUCACAAUUUAACCUUGCAACAUUCUUUGUGCUGCGUGCCAAAAUGCUGGAGUUGAUGAUAGUUGAGGGUCGCCACUGUGGCACGAAGAAGUUUAUUAGAGAGCAUCGUAGAUGGCUUCCGUUGGAGGAAAGAGCUUCAAGGGGCGCUCAGUUUAACUUCACAAGUAGUAGAUGCGACCACUUUAUUCCUCAUAUUAGUCAUGUUCGUGAUUUAUCCAGGACUGAUAUCUUUAAAUGUGAUUCAGAUUGUACCCUUUGAGUAAGCUGUUCUUGCCAAUUUUAUCUCGUGUCAAGUCCAAACUAGUUUUUUUUUUCUCUUGUUUAAUGAUGUAAUAAUAUUGAGACUGGCCUAUGACCUGAAAUUCAAGAAUGGGUCUUGUUUGAUA